AUGGCAGGUACCGCCGGGACCGGCACCGGCACCGGCACCGGGCACCCACACCCCCCCAUCGCCCCGCACAACUCCCCCCGCUGCCCCCUUGCGCGCACGCACACGCUCGGGACGCGCACCCGCACCGCGCACCUGCGCGUGCCCGCGCACACGCCCCUCGUGCACGUGCGUGUGAAUCCGCGCGUGCUCGUGAGCGCUAACACGCACCUGCGUGAACCCACCCACCCGCGGGACCCGCCCUGCGUGUCCGCAACGCGGGACAUCCCGGCGCACUCGUGGGAAAGGGGGCUGGUGGCUGCCUCCCCGGGUGGGGACGAGCUGGAGGAGGACGAGGAGGAGCUGGAGCCAGUGCUGGAGGAGGCCGAAGCGGAGGUGGGGAGUGGGGGGAAGGCGGUGGGGGGCAGCCGAGGGGCCGUGCUCACCCGCCGAGGCAUCACCCUGCGUGUCCUGCUGCGUGAUGGGCUCCUGGAGCCAGCCUGUGGUGUCCUCUCCAUCUACUACCUGGGCAAGAAGUUCGUGGGGGACCUGGGUGCGGACGGGACCAUCACCUGGCAGGAGACAGGACAAGUCUUCAACUCACCCAGUGCCUGGGCCACUCACUGCAAGCGCCUGGUGAACCCUGCCAAGAAGUCGGGGUGUGGUUGGGCCUCAGUCCGAUACAAGGGCCAGAAACUGGACCAGUACAAAGCUGCCUGGCUGCGCCAGCACCAGCCCAACACACCGCCUGCCGAGGAGAGCCUGCCCAGUGAAGGCGAGGAGGAGGAGAUGGCUGAGGAGGAAGAGGAGGAGAUGACAAAGGAGGGUCGGGUAACCAUCCCGGAGCCCGUGGCUACCAAAAAACCAGAGGAGAAGAGCAAGAAGCAGCAGUGCAAGAGCCUGGGGGAGCUUGCAGGAAUGGAUCAUGGCCCCCCAGGGAAAAGGCCGGAGAGCAAACCCCGGGUCCCCGUCCGCUACUGCACCCUGGGCACCCGCGACUUGGCCAGGAACCCCCAGACCCUGGUGGAGGUGAUGUCCUUUGCUGCCAUCAACAAGUUCCAGCCCUUCAACGUGGCCAUUUCCAGCAACGUCCUCCUGCUCUUGGAUUUCCACAGCCACCUGACACGCAGUGAAGUGGUGGGCUAUCUGGGGGGGCGGUGGGACACCAGCACACAGUUGCUGACCGUGCUCCGAGCCUUCCCCUGCCGGACCCGCCUGGGUGAUGCUGAGACCGCUGGCGUGGUGGAGGAGGAGAUCUGCCAGAGCCUGUUCCUGCGGGGGCUGUCACUAGUGGGCUGGUACCACAGCCACCCAUUCGGCCCCGCGCUGCCCUCCCUGCAUGACAUCGACACGCAGAUGGAUUAUCAGCUCAAGCUGCAGGGGAGUGGCAACGGCUUCCAGCCCUGCCUGGGCCUUAUCUGUGGACCCUACUAUCAUGGCAACCCUGGCAUUGAGUCCAAAAUUGCCCCCUUCUGGGUGAUGCCACCACCAGAGCAACGGCCCAAUGACUACGGCAUCCCCAUGGAGGUGGAGGUGGCCUACAUCCAGGAUGGGUUCCUCACCAAUGAUGUCCUGCAGGAGAUGACACUGCUGGUGGAGUUUUACAAGGGAGCCCCGGACCUGGUGAAGUUUCAGGAGCUGUGGAGUCAGGAUCAGACCUACCUGGACAAGCUGAAGGGUUCCCUGGACUCCCGCACCCCCAAAGACCAGAGCUUCACCCACAUCCUGGAGCAGAUCUACAGCCUCCUCAUACUCAGCAGCUGAGGGGCCAAGACCCCCCCCUCAAUUUGGACCAGGUGCCUUCCCAACAGACAGGGCUCAGCUCUGCAGAUCCCACCCCCAACCCGAGGGGCUCAUCCAGACCCAGGGUGGGGGCAGCACUGCAGAGGUCACUGCAUCGCCCAGUGCUCCAGGGAGCUCCUCCCAGGGGUCCUGGGACCCCCCAGGUCCUGCCCUGUGGGGUCACCACAUCACCUGCUGCUCCAGGGAGCUCCUCCUAGAGGUCCUGGGACCCCCCCAGGUCCUGCCCUGUGGGGUCACCACAUCACCUGCUGCUCCAGGGAGUUCCUCCCAGGGGUCCUGGGACCCCCCAGGUCCUGCUCAGCCCUGGGGCAGCACAGAUGGGAGGGUGGUGGUGGUGAUUGGUGGUCUUGGCUGUCAGUUGUUUGUGGACGUGGUAGUUGAUUAAAGAGCAAAUCCUG